AUGGCGCAGCCAUCGACCCCAGCAGCGCCUGCGCAGUCGCUCUUUGGUGGCCCGUCUAUUUCGAACGCCUUCUCGCAAGCACCGCCCGCUCCCGCUUUCACGCCUUCGACCGCCUCCAUUUCUCUGACACCUGCAUCCGGUGCAUCCUCGAACAAUACCUUCGUUAUGCCAAACUCGCCUAUGAAGAAUAGGGCCAUAAUGGAUGGCUAUCGCCCCAAGGUCAUACGCACCCUCGGCCAGAGACCCGCCUGUUUGGUCAACGCGUCCGUUACAUACUGCGGGAACAACCAAAUCUUUGCUUUUGGUGGAUUUGAUCAGUACACCGACGAAGUCUACAAUCAUGUCUUGAAGUUGGAUCUCGUCAGCCAUCAGUGGAGCCUGGUCGAUAAUUACGGAGACAUACCAGGGGUCAGAAUGGGGCAUACUGCGACGUUGUACCAAGGCGACAAACUCUUGGUUUUUGGGGGCGAGAACGAGCAUCGAACAUACCUCUCAGAUCUGAUAGUAUUCGAUCUCAAGACGGCGCACUGGACACAACCUCAAGUUACCGGUCCUGUUCCCAAAGGCCGAGCGAGACAUGCAGCCAUCCUGCAUGAGGACAAGCUGUUCAUCGUGGGUGGCAUCACCGGACAUGAUAACUACGUCCUGGACGAUAUAUGCUACUUGGACCUUAAGACCUACACCUGGUCGAGAUCGUGGCGCUUUGUUGGCAGAUUUGACCACUCAGCAUACAUCUGGGGCGAUCGAGUUUGGGUGUUUGGAGGGCUGAGUGAAGACAUGGACAAGAAUGGCGACCUGUGGUGGCUCGACUUGAAAGGGAGCCCGGCUUUUGACUCCCCCCCUCAUAUUGGCACAACCUCGGAUAGACAGGCUAUAGCCAGUCGUUCAGCCGACUCACCUCGUCCUCCCUACUCAAUGGGGUCGCCGCCAGUCAUAGGGGCUUCAGGCUACGCGGCCAACUCGCGGACGGCUCAGGUGAACACACCCUCAUUCCAACUGAAAACUUAUGCUCCUAUGGCUCCAGGCGCCAUUUCGUCCCUGAAAUUCGUGUCCGGCCCCACCGUACCAUCACAAGGCUCUGGGAUUCACUACCACGCCUACUCUUCCGGUACUCUACUCGACUUCGUCACACCGGCUGCUACGAUCACCUCCAAAGAAUGUUCCUUAUCGGUAUUGGACCUGGGUGCGUUGCGCUGGCAGAAACUGGCUGAAGGGCGUGAGAUCUUCAAACCUGGGUUUCGGUGGCAUUAUUGUACCAUGAAUGAGGAUGGCACAAAGGCAUGGCUUAUGGGCUGUCCUACUGAUGCGGUCAGUGACAUGAACCCCAAUGGGUUUGAAGAGUAUUUGAGCGACAUUAUGGAGAUUGACCUACGACGUUACGGCUUCCUUGGUAACAAUCUUGCCCAAGAACCUCGAACAGCGCUCUCUAGGCCUACAUCACAUAGCCGAGUUCAGGAACAACCAUCUAAGGGCCUGGGUCUUGACCUGGCCAAACUUUUCAACCAAGCCCCCGAAACGGGCAGCGGAACAGAUUUCGUCAUCACUGCACUCGCAGGCGACUUCGAAGAUGAGGACAUGAUGAGUUCAGGCCUCAUUCGCGCAGGAGAAGUCCCCAUGGAUCAGAACUGGCUUGCGCCGGAUGCACCAACUUCGCCACCUAUUCACGUUCACAAGCUUAUUCUUCAAGCUCGAUGGCCGCACUUUGCCCGGCUCUACAACGCGCAAAUGGCGGAAUUCCACACCAAAAAGAUGCAUAUCCCGGAGCCUUAUACUGUCGUCAAGGCCUUUCUCUACUAUCUGUAUACUGACAGCAUUCAUGCUAAUGACGGCGUGACCGACCUUUCCGAUGUUGCAGGGCUGCUGGUGAUGUCGAAUAUCUACAACAUCCCGCAUCUCCGUCUUCUCUGCGUCAGCCGACUGUCAAAGGAGCUCGACGUUGACCACGCAUGCAUCAUCUGGUAUUGUGCGGGUUUGGCGAAUGAGGAAUGGCUGCGCAAGAGGGCGGCUUCCUUCUCACUGACUCACUGGGGCCGCAUUGUGCGUACGCAAGGCUUCCUGCGCUUGCCGCGUAAUGCCCUAGUCGAGCUAUCCCAGGAAAUCGAUAUGGAAGGCCGAGUAAUCGGCGGUGAGGAACUGGACUAUGUCGACGGUUACCGUGGCCGCUACGACAACUGCAGCGUCUCCAGGAAAGACAGCAUAAGCAGUGAUCAUAUUCAGGCUCUCCCUUCUGAUAUGGAAGACUCUGAGGGCAUGGACAUGGCCUAG